GAAUUUGAACAGAGUCGCAGACGGCAAAACGACGCUUGGACACAGAUAGCAACCUUUCAUUUGUUGUAUUGUGUUAAAAGAGACGUAUUUAGUUAAAGGUAACACGUUUUUUUUUUAUCCCCGGUGGAACGUAACCAUGAGGAGAAGUGAAGUCCAUGCUGCAGAAUCUGUGGCAUGUCUGAAUCGAGCCCUUCACCAGUUGAAGGACAUCUGGGAAGAAAUAGGCAUUCCAGAGGACCAGCGACUACAGAGGACGGAUGUAGUCAAGAAACAUAUCAAAGGCUUGCUGGACAUGAUGAUCGCAGAGGAGGACAGUUUAAGGAAGAGAUUGAUGAGCAGCAUAGAGUCCUGUCGCAAAGAGCUGGAUGUUCUGUGUACUGAGCUUCAACUAUCCCCCUUUGAGGAGGACGAGGGGAGAACGAUGCUGCAGCUGGAGAAGGACAUUCGGUCACGGCUGGAGAUGAUGAUGAAACAGAAGAGUCAGAGGGUUAAAGACCUGAAGACUCUGUACAAGCAGGACCGGGAGCUGUGUGACAUCAUGUGUUCAGUUCCUUUCUGUAUCGACAUGGACUCUGUCCCAUCCCUGGAUCAGCUGGACAGCUACCACUCCUACCUGAAUGAUCUCACUAAAGAGAAGGAUCGUCGCCACAGUGAGUUUGUGGGUAUGAAGCGUCAGAUCAUUGUGUGUAUGGAGGAGCUGGACCAGCUGCCAGACACCAGCUUUGAGAGGGACGUGGUGUGUGAGGACGAGGAGGCCUUCUGUCUGUCCAGCGACAACAUCACAGCUCUCCAACUGCUGCUGGGACAGCUGGAGGAUCGCAAGACGGAGAACGAGCUAGUGUGUAGCUCCUACCGCGCUAAGAUCCAGGAGCUGUGGGAGAGGCUGCAGGUGCCCCAGGAGGAGAGAGCUUGCAUGUCAGAACACAUGGUCCAGUCCAGGACGAAGAACAUGGAUGCUUUACAAGCUGAGUGCCGGCGUCUGGAGCAGCUGAAGAUCAAGAACAUGAGCAAUGUGGUGGAAGCCAUCAGGGCUGAGGUGGCUCUGCUCUGGGAGAAGUGUUUCUACAGCCUGGAGCAGAGACAAGCCUUCACACCCUACUAUGGUGACGACUACACUGAGGAGAUGCUGAACUUACACCAGGAGGAGCUGCUGAGUCUGAAGAAGCACUACGAGGACCACAGGGAGCUGUUUGAAGGAGUAACCAGGUGGCAAGACAGCUGGACUCUGUUCCUACAACUGGAGAAAAAGGCAACGGAUCCUUCUAGAUUUAACAACCGAGGGGGGAACCUUCUUAAAGAGGAGAAGCAGAGGGCCGAGCUGCAGAAAAGCCUGCCGAAGUUGGAGAAGAGCCUGAAGACCCAGAUAGACCUCUGGGAGGAGGAGCAGUACAGAGAGUUCCUGGUUAACGGACAACGGUUCCUCCACUAUGUACAGGAGCAGUGGGAACUACUGCGGCUGGAGAAGGAGAGAGAGAAGAAUGAGAGACAACUGAAGAAGAACCAGCAGAUAGAACAAGACAUGCUGUAUGGUACUGCUCAACGAACCCCCUCCAAAAGACGCCUUGCAGAGACCCCUACGCCUGGCAAAGCAAGAAAGCUGAAUGCCACUAGCAGUAUCUCCAGUUCUACUCCUAACAGCACCUUCCGCUCUGCCUUCGGCGGAACCAUGUGCCAGUCGCCGGUCCUCAGGCCACCUAUGUCUGCCAGCAAGAUUCCUCUGAGGACCCCUGGUCGUGUUGGAAGAACCCCCCACACAGUGGAACGCAACAAGGAGAACGUCUCCCACCUGAACGGCACGGCACUGAGAACCCCUGCCUCGCGAUGUAACAUCACCGUUAACUCUGUGGCCAGCACCUAUUCGGAAUUUUCGAAGGAUUUUGUCAACAUUGAAUCCACCGCCAUUACCAGCUUUGACUAACGGAGUGUAACCGAGAGUCCAGUCCGGUCCAGUUGGCCUAACCAUCUUCGAGAUCUCUCAAAAGCUUCCAAAUCUAAUGUCAAGACAGGACAUCUGAACUCUACUGGCACUCGUCUCUGAGCUGAAGGAUCAGACAGAACCACACCUGACCCUGAAUCAUCUGACUGAAUUUCACGGUUUCUGUCCGGGUCCAUUUCUGCAUGUCCAGAUGAAGGGAAUCUGUUAACACCUACUGAAUGUAACUGCAAUGAGAACAGGAACUUGCACCCCUCUCUGAGUCUCUCAGCUCAAAUGUUAUUCUAGCACUGCUGAGGUUUCACUUGUCGUCAUCUCUGAGGGCUCUGAACUACUACCGUGAUCCUCCAUCUCUCGGAGGGCUCUGAACUACUACCGUGAUCCUCCAUCUCUCUGAGGGCUCUGAACUACUACCGUGAUCCUCCAUCUCUCUGAGGGCUCUGAACUACUACCGUGAUCCUCCAUCUCUCUGAGGGCUCUGAACAACUACCGUGAUCCUGAAUCCUCCAUCUCUCUGAACGACUACCGCGAUACUGAAUCCUCCAUCUCACUGAGGGCUCUGAACUACUGCCGUGAUCCUCCAGCUCUCUGAGGGCUCUGAACGACUACCGUGAUCCUGAAUCCUCCUUCUCUGAACGACUACCGUGGUCCUGAAUCCUCCGAACUACUACCGUGAUCCUCCAUCUCUCUGAGGGCUCUGAACGACUACCGUGAUCCUGAAUCCUCCUUCUCUGAACGACUACCGUGAUCCUGAAUCCUCCAUCUCUCUGAGGGCUCUGAACUAUACUUUCUGGCCUCAGGUCUUCCCAGUUUAUAUUGUCUGUGUACCAUUUCUACAUGGAGAUGUCAACACCUACUGAAUGUACUGAACUCUACUCAUUUGUCCGAAGAUUUGUAUUAUAUUAAUUCUUCUCGAUUUUUAAGCUUCUCUGAUCUAUGAGCUGAAUGAAAUGUUGGGAGGACUUGCUAGACCUAUGGAAAAACAGUUUUCCUUCAACUUUUAACAUCCUCUAUAUAACACUUUUUUUUUUUAUCAUCCAUGUUGGUAGUAGAGUACAUUUGUGUACUUCUUAUGGGGGCUUGUAGCAAAUGAUGAUCAUUCUGUCAUAUAAACAUUGGCUUUACACUACAUUUUCAGUCACCUUUUCGAUUUUGGGGGGGGGGGGGGGGGGAUCGCAAAGGCAUACUCCUUGACUGUUGGUGAUUUGCAAACCGUAAUUAAAUAUUUCCAAAUGAGCAUCCA